GGUUGUGUGAUAUUUUUAUUCCCCUUGGCCCAAUCGCGUCGAUCGCGUUUUCGAUUUCGAUUUAACUUGAAAUUGUGUUGUCCGAUCGACAUUUGUAUAUUUUUAUUUCCAAUUUUCCCCGAGCUCGAAUAUCUGAUUUUCUGAAGAAGAAGCAGCAUGCGCCGGGCCAUAUCUCAUUUGUGGUGGACAUCUGCGACUUGGGACACAAGUUACUCGUCGAUCGCACCGCAGCCUCUUUCUUCAAUGGGCAUCUCAAGAAGUACCAGUUCGCAGGAAACCGACGUCACCGAAAAACCGGCGCAACCCCCUCCAGACACUGACUAGAUUCUGAGUGAACUAACGAAGGACAGCACGUGGUGGAGCUGUUGGGAAUUAUAGAUCCGGACGCGGAAUUUCGAAGAUUCAUCUCUUCCGAGGAGCUCUUGUACUAUGAGCGCCGGUUGUUGCACCACCAGUAAAAACUCGAUGCUGCCCUUUCGUGGGAUCCUGCUGCUGCUUCUCUUUUGUAUCACCAGUACCAGCUACGUGGAGCACACGCUCGCAAGUCAUGGAGCAACAGUACCGGCGCCGGCGACCCCGCCGCCGAGCACAGGAGCUUCGCCUGCAGCACCCGCUGGAGGUGGAGGCGUUGGUGGAGCUUCUAUGGGUGGAUCAUCGUCCCCGACGACGUCAAAUGCGCAGCCACCUCAACAACCCGGAGAUGCAACAGCAACGGGUCCACAGCAGCAGUCCCCAGGAGGAGCAACCACUGCGCAGGGAGCAGUUGGUUCAAAUGGCCCCACCCCAACUCCUGCUCGAUCAUGGACCUCUUUGUUCGGCUUCUUGCGACGAGUUGGACUCCCGCGGCUGCGCGCGGGCGCCAUGGGAGCGGCAACGGGGCAAGCGGGCCGAGGGGUUGCCCAGGCAGCGCGCAACGUGGCAGGGUCGACUUCCGGCGUGUGGCAGUCCACUUUCGCACGGUGCAUGCGACGGGAUAGCGGCAACGCGAUGCGGGAACUGCUGCAGGGCUUUGCACGUGUGUUCGGCGGGAAUCAUAGAGACGGCGGGAGCAAUGGAAGUGGGGAAAACCCUCCUGCAGCCAGUACGCCUGGCGCGACAUCAACAAGCACAAGCGGAACUAGUAGAGCCGGCUUUUCCCUCCCUGACCGGAUGGGCUUCGGGAGUUUGUGGCUGCUGUCGCGCAUGGUUCUAAAAGUCGCUAAGUGUGUGAUGGAAGCCAUUCCGCCGUUGCUUCCCUUGUGCUACUGGGGAAGUCGGAAGGCGCUCGCGGCGAACGACAAUGUGUGGGUGCGGGAUCCGCUGGCGCACGAUAACUGGGUGACUGGGUUUACGGUCGAGAACGUGUUUCGUGAUCCCGUCACGAACGAACGAAAGGUCAAAUUGAAGGUAAGUCGUGAGUGGGUAGUUUGAAGAAGGAUUGUCUUUGUUUUGCCUGAAUGCUCAUGCUCUUUGAUCUUUUGUGGUUGUGCACUUCUGCUUCACAAUCACAUUCAUGUUAAGGUUGGGAGUCAGUACAGCUGCACGUGCCUGUGAGUGUGACAGUCAGACAACUCGCCUCUGGCAGAGGAGAUUGGUUUGAUUUUCCGAAGGCUGUCGGGGAAUAAGCGCGACAUCAAUUUCUACCACCUCUUCAGCAUUUUCAUCAUCUUCUGCCAAAAGUAUACUUUUUUGCAAAACAACUUUAUGCACUCUCAUAAAAAACAGAACCGCCCCGUCCCGGUUGAGUAUUCCCGCGUGUUGCAGGGGUACGAGGAGCCCAAAGUGAUUUGCGACGAAACCCUACAGGCGGACUCCCCCAUGCUCGCCCCCCACGACUCCGACUCGCUGCGCGAGCUGCGCCGGCGCGCGACCGGCGAAGCGCGGCAAGACCCGCAGUUCGGCCUCUUGUCGCAGGUGCUGCUCGCCGGGGGCCACUUCCUGUCCAGCUACCGGGACCCGGUUAACAGCAUCGUCACGCAGCUGCUCCGGGGCCAGAACCCGUGGGCGAACGGCAACGACCCGUUCCAACAGCAGCAACAGGGAGGUACUAGUGCAACAUCGGCGACAGGAGCACGGUCGUCUAUUAGUAGUACUUCUUCCUCCACAAGAACGACAACACCUACACCUGCCGGCGGGGGAGCUCCUUCUACGUCAUCUGCCUCUCCCGCCCAAACUCCGCAAAACACGGACCCCGCUUUCCUCCGCGGGGACCGGGAUUUUUGCGUGACCGUGUUCGGCGACCAGAGCAUUUGCGGGCGGCGCAACCGGUUCAUCGAAUUUGCCCGCACCGACGAGGAAGGCUUCGACUCGGAGGGCGCGAUGAAGCUGUUGGGCGUCAACUACGACUUGUCCUACGAGCACUACCUGUGGCAGAGCGAGCAGCAAACCUGCGACAAGGCGCGCACUGCGGACCGAGUGUUCCCGAUCGUCGGGGAGCACCGGGGAAAGCGCCCCGGCCUGUUCGGAAAUUUCGACCACGCCUCGCAGCAAGUGACCGUGCAGAACGCCCCGGGUUGGAUCAUCUCCGAACUGAGCACGCUGCUCGCGGGGACCGCGAACGCCGCGGGCAACAGCAUGCUGCAGCGGAUCCGACCCUUUCUGGAAGCGGUCCGGACGGCAGCGCAGUGGCUGCAGACGCGGGUGUUGAACAGGUCAUCGUCCAAUGGAGGAGGUGCGGCUUCUGGUGGCGCGGCGGGGAGUGUAGCAGGUGUAGCAGCUCCUGCUGGUGCUAGUAGUGCGGGCACAGGACGAACAACUCCAGCAUCCUCGGCGGCAGAGGGCACGACAGGUGCCGCAGCCGGAGCAAGUGGCGGAGCGAACGCAGCAGGGUCAGGGACCAAUUCUGCAGCAACCUCCGGAGCACCGCCAGCGCAGUCCGCGCAGCCAGGUAGCUCAGUCCCACCCAGUAUAGCCCCAACCAAUACACCUCUUGCAACGUCAACUACACAUCAGCAACCACAGCCGCAGGCGCCGUCUUCUCAACCACCUCCUGCAGAGGGAGGGACAUCAACAUCAAGUCAACUACAGCCCGCGACGCCCCCUUCGCAAUCCCCAGCGCCCGCCAGCGACCCUCCCGAAGACGAUUUCAGCGACUAUGACUUGGUUUUGGACGUUGUCGCGCUCCAAAGGCUGUAUUUGACAAAGGGGAAAUUUGAGUUCGGCCUAUCCCAGACGGAUUUGGGCGACCUGGUCGUCGAGGGAGACUUGAAGGAGGCUGGGGUCGGGAUCAAAAACCUCGUUCUGUCCGAUGUCUGGACCAAGGUCCCCGGCUUCCUGUGCGUCCGGUCGGGGCUGGUGGAGAAAAUCCAGCUCCCGCACUUUCACUUCGCGCUGGGCUUUCGCGCCAGCCGGACGCUGGUGGAGGAAGAGUUCCACCGGAAGUUGGUGGCCAAGAGGCUCAUGUCGUCGACAACCCGGACCAGCGGGAACAGGAAUAGUGCGUUUGGAGGAGAGCAGAGUAGUGCAACUCCUACUACGAGGACCCCGACCACCCGCCCGCUGCGCGACCGACACUUGGUCUUCCCGUCGCGACACCCAAAGGCGGGAUCCAACGCCGUGGCGCACCGGUUUUUGUACAAGUUGCAGGGAAACUCUAGUGGCUCAGCGACACAGAUGAACAUCAGCGGUAUUAAUGCGAACAACAAUUUGAACCAGCAAAACCCAUUCCUCUCGGCCGAGGACCGGCCGCCGUACAAAUUCAACCCCAACGUGCUGAUUGAGCCGAACUGGCAGUGGACGAUGAUUGGGAAGCCGUUGUUUACCAAAUCCACCACCGCGUCCGCGGAGAUUGCGCAGGGUGGCCAGGCUGUGGACAUCCAGAAUAUCCGCUGCGAGCACCUGAAAAUCAACCCCUCACACACCAUGAUCGGGGGCUUGACCCGGUUGGCGCAGACCCUCUCCGGGACGUCCUCCCCGGAAAUGGAGCAGCUCGUGAAGCCGCACGUGGCGCUUUUCGUGCGCGAAAUGUUGUUGGACGGGAACGCGGCCUCGUCGAUCAUCCCGACGUUGGAUCUGCUGCUCCAGCCCUUGAUGGUCCGGUUUGGAACCAUCCUCGCCUACACCCUCUCCGAAAGAUUCAAGAUCAGUCCGGGUUUCAAGCAGGUGCGGGCCAUCGCGAACCUGAAGCAGUGCGAGAGCGUGGAUCCUGUGACGGGCGCAGUGGUUCUGCUGGAACGCGACGCGUGCGGGACGGUGGAAGUGAAACAGCCCUACUACGCACUGCUGAACAUCCCCCGGCCGACUGCGAUGCUCGCGGGAUCGCUGGACAUGGCACUACUGGACCACGAGCAGGCGACUGUAGUGCCGGCAGUAGAUGAUGGGCGGGGCAAUCAACAAGGAGGUACUUCUCCUCCACCUUCGGGGUCUUUAUCUUCAUCCCCUGCUCGUACCGGCAAAGUCCUUCGCGUGUGGCACGCGAACAAGAGACAGCGGCACAAUGUGCUGAAUAAUUCCCAUCAGCAGAAUUUUAACGACUUCAACACUUUUGACGGCGUAGGCAGUUUUCAGCAGCACCACCAGCAGAUUCAUAACGCUAACCGUGCAGCCGGCGGAGGUCAAGGACAUCAUCACCAAAACGCGAAUGCCAAUCUGAACAAUCAGUUCGUGGUCGAGCCCUUCCGACUGCUCACGGGGUUAUUGAAACCGCUCACCGACCGCGUCAGGCUGACGAAGAGCUCGUUUGGAGCAGGAAACAGCGAUUUUUCGAACAGCUCCAUGAACAACUCGGAGGACGACGAUUCGGAUAACGAGCAAUUUCUCUCGGCGGAGGAUCAGGAAGUGGAGGUGUUGCGGGUGAAGGAUGUGCAGUUGACGCCCAGUUUCGGCUACGUGGAGCUGGAAACCAAAUUGCAGGACGCGGCUCUCGAGUUUGUAGAGGAUGGGAAUAGUGCGCAGAUGUUGAACGGCAAUGGAGUUGUGGGGGGAGCAGGUGCAGCUGGUAAUCCAGGUGGACAACAACAGACCCUCAACCCUGGAGCUGCAGGAGGUGGCCCGGGCCACCAGCACGCAGCCGGCAACUACCCGAACAGCGGCGGCGGCUACGUCGCUCCUGCCACCAACUCCGUCUUCCCGUGGCUGAAGCGGGUGUCCGGGAUUUUUGUGCAUUUGAAGUCGAAGGUGAAAGUGCGGCAUCUGACCGACCGAUACUACCCCUUCGACGUGUCGCAGAACGCCAGACUGCGGCAGGAUUUGGAGCAAAACGAGUUUCGCGGCGGGGUGGAGGAAGAGGUGGUGGACAGUGCAGACCAGCACCACUUCGGUAGCGGAUUUGAUGGCGUGGCGGUCAACAGGAGAAAUAAUGGACAACAGGAGCAAGAUAAUUUCCGUCUGUUAGCCUCCGAUAGUGAGGUUGAAAACGACGAGACUGAUAUGAACGUCAACUCCGAUCAUGAGGAUGAAAAUGAGGACUCAGCACCAGGAGAUGAAUCCGACAUGGAAUCUGCACGAAGCCGGGCCGAAAAUGAUGAUUCGAAUCUUCGCAACAGCAUGUUCUUUUCUGAUGCCAGCGAAGUGGAGGAGGACCAAGAGGAGGCGGAAUUCGCCGCUUUGCAGCAAAGCGAUGGCGUGCUGCCCAGGAACCACCCACCGCACAGACGCGCAGGAGGGGGUGGAGAUGGAAAUUUGAACCAAAACAGGCACCAGCACAGACGGAGGGGUGGAAAUAAUGCUCGUAAUCGAGGAAGCAAUCGCAAUCCGAACAGACAAAGCUAUCCAGCUACUGAGAAGUUCGUGGAUUUCGAGCAAAAGCUGGAAGAGGCCGAGGCGGUGCUGGAGGUGAGUGAAAACGCCUGGAAUAUUGAGAACAUCUUUGUGCGCCUCGCUGGCGAUCGCGAGGACCACUUGAGAUCCACAGUGGCACCGGCAAGCAAUGACGGCAAUGCGGCGGUGCAGCGAAACCAGCAGAGUCAAAACCGAAAUACCCAAAACCAGAAGAGGUCCGUCAGUUCCACUGUUUUCCAGUUCGAGAAGCGCACGGGGUAUUACGAGGGGUGGAACUUCGCACAACUUUCUUCCUUCGAAUUCAUCGCGUUUCUCUACCUGCACGUGAUGCUCUUCUCGUUUGUCUUUUACCUCUUGUUCAAGGUGAUCGGGGAGCAUUGCAAUCGAACCGGAUUAACCUGCCGGGCGCGUUUGAGAAGGACCUGUUGUGGCAGGAGCAGACGCGACGGGAGAUUGGUUUGCGCUAAAUACUUUCUUCCGGCCUGCUGCGUCGAAAAGUUCUGCCCCCGGACGCGAAGCGGCAGGUUGAGGUCCAAAAGCUCGGCCAGGCGAGGCUCCAAGAGCGGGGGACGAGGUUUGAAGUUGAGAACGAGAAGUCGGUCGAAUUAUGGAAAUAGCUACGGCAAAAGAGGUGGCCAUAGCUCUUCUUGUUCCUCUUCGCGCAACAGAAUGAUGAAUGAUCGCAUGAGAAAAAAUAACGAAACCAUUGUGCCGCGGCUGUCACGGAUUUCCUGGUCGUCUUUGAUGUCUCGGUCCAGCAACACGCCUGAGAGCGGUGACGCGCACUGCAGACAAGGUCCUCCGCGUCAACGCAGAAGUAGAAGUCGACAUCCCUUCCACCAGCAGUCGUUCGAAGCAGAACAAGAGUUGUUCACGACCUCGACGAGUUUCUACGACGAGUCGUCGAUUCUCACUUCCUGCUCUUCUGACGACGACUGGUCCGACGAGUACAGCGAUGUCGCAACCGACGACGAAGAAGUUGCCAGCAGCGACCACGACGAGUAUGUUCUUGUGUCAGAAGAAGAUGUUGAAACUACGCCAGACCAUGUUGAUGCGCGACGAGGACUCGGAGGUCGCAGUGGCGGCGGCCGCCUUCUUGCAGCGAAUGUCCGCCGCCGGAGGUGCGCGACGCGAAGACACUCGUGGUCGAUUUCUGGGAGCAAGAAGCAGAAGGCGUCGCCGCAGGCUUUUCCGCACCACGGCAGUAGGGGCGGCGGGCUCGAAGACUGUUCUCCCGAUGAUCCACACCGCCGCGCAGAAAAUGACGCAGCUAGGAAUCUUCAGCAGGCGGAGCACGUCCAAAAAUCUGCAGGAAUUAUGUCGCCAGCAGUCGAAGAUGUCGGCGCAACCGCAACUGGAUCCACUGCUAGUGCUAGUGUCUUGACCAACCGCCACAGUCGCCAGCUGCAUCCGGACAACGUCAACACGGUAUUGUCAUCUUCGAGAAAGGCAUCUCCUGAAGUGACUGCAGACGCGAUGAGGCAGAGUUUCCACAAGCGCCGCUCUCAUUCCGACAGUAGCGUCUGGGCUCCUGGCGCGGGUUCGAACCCUGGCAAUCCGCACGAAACGCAUCCACCCCACACGAGUAGUCGUCGCCGUCGCGUCUCGGAGACGAGCCUAGCGAAGGAACGGCAGAUCCAGAAGGAAAUCAAGAGGCAACGGAGAUAUACGCAGUUCCGCAAACUGACUUGGUUUUUCCUCUUCCCCGUAUUCCUCUCGACCCUGCCGCUGUUUCUGCUGUCCAGAAAGAUGAACCAGCCCUAUCUGAUGCGCACGGUCACGAGGCAGGUCGGGAGCAGCGGUAGUAGCAACCAGCAGGAGCAGGACCCGGAUGACAAAAAUCUGGCGCACGAAUGCGACAACUUUCUCCGGCGGGUGAAAAAGACCGUGUCUUUACGAUACGCACCCAACGGCUCCAAGCAGCUGUCGCAACUCACCCCGGAGGAUUUAUUUCCGGACAACGAGAAGGAACGGGAAUUGUUCCACUACUGUCUGUCGUCUCGCGUGACGCUGACGAAGCUCUCGGUGAACGUGAACGGGCUGCGAAUCCCGAUGGACGGGUUCCACUGGGUGUUCGCGAGUCUGAUGCCGACCUACGUGUGGAUGGAAGGACAGAUAUCGCUGCUCAUCAUCGAGUACGCGGCUUUUGAGGAAGUGAUCGAGAGCAGCGACGGAGAUCAUCAUGCGGGUGCCGACUACAACACCGACUCAGAAGAUGUCGACUCUGAUGAAAACGAAGACGGGACUGGAAGUGGUGGGUCCUCUGGCUAUAAUCUGGCUCAGAACCGUCGAAACCACGGCAAUGGGCAGGUUGACGAACGCGACGUGGAUGCGGACUUUUUCACUUUGUCUUCAGACGUACUGAACAACGCGGAUUUGAUGGAUGAGGAAGACAACUUCGCAGAAUCGAACGCGGAAAACGACAGGCAAGACCGGAUUUUGGACACUUUGAUCCCGCCCCACGCGAGCAGAAGUUUUCAGGCGGCGCAGCAGCAACAGAGGAGCAAUUCUCCUGGGGCCCCGAAUAUGGCCGGAAGCUCGCUGGCCUCCGGAUCCUCACCCGGCGGCACUAACAGCGCGGGGGCGACAGCAGGCGGAAACACUUCUGGGACCACUGCAGCUGAUCAACAGAGCAAUCCCGCCGCCUCCACCCGUCGCCCCAAACAGAUGGGUCGCAAACCGCGACGGCUUCUCUCCGUGCUGCUCUGUUCCGGCGGGGGCUCGCUGUACGCCAAGAUCUUCGGCAGCUUGUGGCCGUCGCACGCGUGCAACUACCCGAAUGCGAACGACGGCCCGGGCUUCGGGAUGGGCGGAAAUUUGUUCGUGCGGUUCAUGUCCUCCGUUCUGAUCGCCACGGACGGAAUCAACGCCAUCAUCAAUCGCAGCAUCUCCUACUCGCAGCAGCGCUUCAUCCGCGAGUGGCUGUCGAAAAUCCGGAUUCUGUACAGCAGGAAAAGGAAGGCGACCGUGGUGUCCAUGCGGAUGGACGUCCGGGUGCACGACCGGCCGAAUCCAAACGAGGUAGAGGAGGAGCUCGCGAACAACCGGCUCAGCGCGAGCAGCUCCGGCGAUUGUGAAGAAAUCGCCGCACAGGGAGCCGUCGGGCUGGCGCAAGAAGGAGCAGAUGCUGGGGGUCAGCACCAGCAUCAAAACGUCAAUCACACAAACAGGGGCCGCACCGGAGCAGAUGCGGGCGCGCUGGCGACUCGGAAAUUCAAAAAUAGGCCCUAUUGCCGCUUUCGGCAAAAGUUGCUGCAGAAGAUGAGAAGGGACCAGUCAGCGAACCCCUUGAAUAAUCGGCGGAGGAGAAGAAAUCCAAACUUUCACUAUCGCGGCCACAACUUCCGAAACGAACAGCAGCAGCAGCAACAGAGCGCCGCUUAUGAGGAGAAGCCGAAGCGGGACAUUGAGGUUCACAUCGGUUUUCCAAAUGUCGCGGACCACGGACACCACAACGACCGUUCGGCGCCGAAUAGAAGAAGUGAUCCCGCUCGUCCUUCCGGCCAAUCAGCUACCGCAGGUCGUGCUGCUGCAAACGAAGACGAUGCACAGUCCGAAGAUUCUGCGAAUAACAACACCCCAGGAGACCAUCCGCAGUACCCGAUAGAUCUCGUUGGAAGCAUCAACCGGUAUAUGGAGCGCGCCAUUGUGAAAAUGGGGUACAUUCCGUAUUUCAUCAACUUCUACUAUUCUAACUUCUGCCAAAUGCGGGUGCUGGACUACUACGGAGCUUCGGAAAGAAGUAGAACUGGGGACGAUCAUCAUCAACACCCGCAGAGCAACACAAUCUACCCGCUGCGCAAGGUUCUCGGGCAGCAAAACCAAAAUGGUCAAGAACAGCAGCAAAACAACGAGAUCCGCGUCCACAUGGCGCAAGAUUUUACCUCGGUCGGCGUCACCUGGGACGAUUAUCUCGAAGUGCCGAUCAACUUUCCAAAUUUUUUCAAUCCCACGAUGACUCCCAGCUGCUCCAUCGAAGACGACCAAAAUAGCAUGAACUUUGGCUGGAGCGACGUGGAAGACGAGGGGUUGAACUACAGAGGGACUGGUGAUGGAGACACUUCAUCCGCAACACCGGCGGGAAAUAACGCAAAUGGACGGAAUCACCAACCGCCGCAGCCGGCCGCUUCGCCUUCGACAGAGAAUGGUGCCCAGGGCGCCGCCGGGGGAGCACAGCAACAGGGUGGUGCUGAUUCUGCUGCAGCACCAAACGGUGCCGGUGGGGCGACAGCUCCUCCCCCUGCUUCGCCAAACAAUCCAGCCCAGCAGCCGACAUCAGCCACACCCGCAGAAGGGGAAGCUGCAAACUUGUCCAGGACUCAAGUCGCGUCCCAGAUGCACCAAGACAGCCAAAGCCAGUUGUUUUGGAACCAGCGGCUGCGGACCCCAGAAACAGAUAUUCUGUUUUCCAAGCAGGAGAAUCCGCAUUCCAGGUUUUACAAGCGCAUUCCCGAGUUCUACGGCGUCCGGUUGAAUUUUUUGGAGAAGUUGCAGCUGAACCAAUCCGUACGAGUGAACUUCGAUGUGCUGCCACCUCCGGUGCUGGUAAGUCAGAAUAACAUGAAUCAACAAGGAUCAGCAGCAGCUUUCGCGAGCCCGAGCGUCAACCCCGGCCCCGCUGUGCCGCUCAACGCAAAGUUUACCUCGGUCAGGCGCCCGAGGAAUUUCUAUGACUACGAUAUCUGGCGUGCGCAGAUCAGCACCUUCUACUAUCCGGGGUUCAGAACCAGCCGCAUGACCAGCUUCGACGGGGUCGCGACGCCGUUCAGUGGCGCAGCAGGUCUUGGAGGCGCAACGAAUCCCAACAACGCAAGAAGUCCGCAGGAUCACCAGCUGUACCUGACCGCGACCUCUAUCGCGGAACAGAUUAACCGUGGCGGUGCGGCUUCUACUGCUUUUGCGGCACCAUACACAAAUUUGUUCGGAGGAAGUCCGAAUGGCGGGCCGAUGCGUUGGUACGUUGGCCAGAGAGUCAUCGCCCGGACAGAUAUAUUAGCGACGGGGUUGGAACAGACCUGCUGCGGCGCAUCCGAAGUGAAAAAGCGCACGAAGGGGGUGAUCACGAGAUUAGAGUACGUGCAAGUCGACAAGGUCCCGGCCAGCUUCGCGCAAACGCUCGCCUCCCGUGCGGGUUUUGCGGCGGCGCGAAGUGGUUCGGGCAGUGUGUCGCCCAGUCCGCCCGGCACACCGCACCCAGACGGGAGUGGUGGACAUCAGUCGUUUGGCGGAAACAAUGGUUCAGGGAUGAACAAUAACAGCAGCAGCCGAAACAACCAGUCCGUGAUCAUCCUGGAGGUGCUUUUCAACACUGGUGUGAUAAGGGAGCUGCGAACCCGCACGAAGUACGGGGAGCGAAUCCUUUUGGAAAACUAUUUGAAGCACGACGUGGAGUUCGACGACUGUGUCUCCCGCUGGCUGUACAAGGACCGAAAACUGCGAAACAAGAUGCUGACCAUCCUGAACAAGAUUUUCAAGCCCGACAGACUCCGCUCACAGCACUCCCAGGUUGCGUUUUCGCAAUCCGGCGACAAAAUCGACAUCAACUUUCUCGUCAAGAAAACAAGUUUGAAGUCAACAACCCGAGGAAACAACAAGCCGGGAGCUGCAGGUGCUGGCUUUUUCGCCCGAAACCACGGCGGCAAUGUCGUCGGGAACAACAAACCUCCGGCAAUGAACAGACCGCUCGGGGCAGCGGGCGGGAAUAACAACGGAAAUAAUAACAAAAAGCGCAGGCUGAUCGAUCCUCUGAUUCCCAAGCCGCAGAAUUUUGCGAACCAGCAGCAGCACGUGGUAUCGGACCCGUCGUACCCGUUUUUGCUCCCCCUCGCGGAGGUGCAGGAGACGCUGCACUCGGAUUUUUCCAAGCACGUUUUCACGCUGGAAAAGAUGGGGCAGGUCCACAGUCGCUGCGUGGAGAUGCAAACAAGCCCGAUACCGCUCUCGGUGACCAUGAAGGUGCUCGAGCAUCUCCGACAGAGCAACAUGCCGGUGUUCAACUCGCUGCAGGAAUUAGCCAUCGCCGACGAUGCAGAAACGUGGCAGGGCUCGAAGCCGGUGGUGGUCUCCCUUCACGCAGAAUUCCCCCACGGCGCGGGGACCACGCUUGGCGCCGCGGCCGGGGGAUCUUCAGGCCCGAGCACGAAUGGCUCUUCUCCGGAUGGAAUUUUAUCCGCCAGUCUGCAGAGUCUGAACCGAGCGAAAACGAACUCGAAGCUGCCGCUGAUUCUGCCAGCCUUCGGCCGCGUCGAGGACCCGCAUUACGUCGGGGAGACGGAAACGGAGUUGAGCGCCCUGGAGCGCGGCAGACCGUUUCAACUCGAGGUGCACGCUCUACAUCCGGAGGAAUCGGAUGCGGCUUUUGUUUCUUCAGCUGUUGACGACGAGGAUCCGCAGCAGACGCCACAGUUUCACUCCCCAGCCGCAAGCCCGGUAGGAGGAGUAAAUGCCGUGCCUGGAGGACGAUCCCCUGCAGGUUCAUCAUCGUCUUCGUCCGCGGCACUUGUCCCGCGAGACGACCUUUUCCCACCACCGUUGAGCUUGGACCUGCACGUGAACAUCCGUUCGCUCUUGAAAGCGUUCGUCAACGAGAACGAGCAGAACGAGGCCGGUGCGUACGCGUACCACGAAAAAGUCCCCUGUACGCUGCUCAAACUCGGGCAGGAUAAGAACCUCCGCGCGCGGAUCGAGAGGGAUCUAAAGGUGGAAGGCCACACGUCGAUUCGGCAGGUUUACCAGUUUCUGUUGCGGGAGACAAACGUCCACAACAUUCUAAACCGACAGAACGAAGAGACGAUGACGAACAUGAAACUCGACUGCACUCUCGACUGCGGACAGCUCCUUCUAACGAAGAAUGACGUGCCGAACGGUGGGGAGAAAUACGUCGGAACGAACUUGCGGUUUACGCGGUACAAGGUCCGAGUUUUGCCACCGGUGAGUCCCGGGUCCGUGCAACCGGGCGAGAACCCCGAUGACUUCGUCGACCUGCGUUUCCAGGUACGCGACUACUCGCAACUGGCCGACACGGCGAACCAGGCGUACUCAAACUCGAUCUGCAACGCGUCGCAGGAGCUGUGUCGGCGGCAGAGACAGCAGAAUCGGGCGGGCCGGAAUGCGGAGGAGUACGCGGAUAUCCGGAUUCCGAAGUCGGCGAAAAAGUUUCUGUUGCGCCUGUUGGAUGAAACGGCGAAAGAACACGAGCGAGCGGACGCGGUCUUGCGGCGGGCAGUCGCGUUUUCCCCCGAUGGAGGGUUGUGGGAAAGCGAACAGCGAAGUGGAGGUGGAGCAACAGCUACAGUUCCUCCGGCGGGGAAGGCGGCAGCUGGUCUUGCAGCAGCACAGCAAGGAACGGGACAGAAUCCAGCUCCAGCUUCCGGUGCGGGAGCUGGCCAGCAGAUUGACGGAACAACUAACGCGGCAGUGCAUAAUCCCGCGAAUAACGACUCGGCGACUUCUUCUGCUCCCCCAAAAGCCGCGGCCCCCGCUGGCGCCGGUGCCACGCCCGCGGCCGCGGAGCCUAAGCCCGCGGCAAAGCAAGUCACCGGAACCCGAACUUUCGAGGAAACGCUCCCGCUGGUUUCGCUUUUUCAGAAUGCUUCUGUGACGAGAAAGGUGUCCACACAGUGGAUCUACCUGCAGCCAGCGUUUGAGUUUAGCGAACAGGUGGUGAAACGAGACCCCGAUACGUGGAAAAAUUCGAAGAACUUCUUCCCCUGGCAGACGUACCAAGUCACUGGAGAUGUUAUUUACGACCAGCAACCUUCUAGCGCAUCAUCUUCAUAUUCUUCUCCCCACCUCGGCCGCGAGUGCGAGACGAAAUUCCGGCAGUGUGAGGCGCACCCGAACUGUUUUGCGGUUUCCUAUUUUCCCAAAAACCAAAACAGAAAUAACGGGCUGGCGUCUUCCUUCGGGGCGGACGGGGUGAUAGCACCAGCUGCGUUUGACGCAGGCAGCCACGGUGGUGCGCAGCACCAUCAUCAUCUUCAGCACCAAAGCCGGUGUUUUCUGACGUACUUACCCACGAUCUUCGGGACGGAGAAGUACUACAAGACGGUGAUGAAUCUGAGCUACGCAGAGCUGUACAAGGAAUUGGAGCGAACGAUCGAGAAAAACUGGCAAGCCUGGCUUUACCACCACAAUCCGGCAUCUGUCCAAGCGCACCGACAGUCGCCACAAGGGCAACAAGUAGCCGGGGCAGCAGCCUCGCCGUCGCCAGGAGGAUCAUCUUUGUCACCAGCUUCUGUUGCGGCGUUUGAAACCGCGAAGAAACUGAUUUGCGAAAACCUGCAGAAGCUGUACGCCAGCAGUAAGUUCAAUUCCGGAGGAGCUGCAAGAAGAAGACUGAGGCGAGGGCGGCAUGCUCGUCAAGGACGAGCUGAAAGUGGUUCCAACGGUGGUCUCUGCGAUGUUGAGCCGGUUAUUUUCUUGAUGCGGCCGCGGGUGCGGCACCUACCAGAUUAUCGCCCUAUUGUGGAAGAAGAAGCAGUUGUGUUGCCACCUCCGGGCUCGCCUUCUGCUGCUUCUGUUCCUCCAUCUUCUGGAGCAUAACAUUAACAAGGAACGAGCUGAAGAGUGGGACACUUGAGCAAGAAGAAUGAGGUAUGUCUAUGUGUUGGCAAAAGAGGGUGGUACCCCCAUCCUGAAAGCCACAUAGUAGAAUGUGAAAUCUAAUGACGACAAGAAUAUGAAAUGAAGUACAUCAAGUAGACGACACCUAACGACAAAGUUGAUGGAUUUUUCCCUACGGAUCUUAUUUGAAAAUAUAGCGACGAAACCAUAACCAGCUGAAGAUGCAUUCUCAGUAUUUAAGUUGAGUAGAACAAUUAAAGGCACAGAACAAUAGUGGCGCGAGAUUAUGCUCAGCACUUCAAGAGUACUGACCGACGUGUGUGAGUUUCGUUUUGCUCCGAAGAUGCAGGAGUAGGAGAAACAAAAUGUAGAAAUUCCUAGUAUGUAACCCAACAUCCCAAAGUGGAGCUUGUGUUUUGCCCAGGUUUUUUUUAUUGAGCAAACCUUAACUAUUCCUCUUGCGCUAGGCUUACGUUCGAAAAGCAAACACAUUGCAAGUCCCCGAAAGUAAAGGCUCGCGCCCUGCAGCCUCCCUGAAUAUCCAUUACGUAUACCAGGAGCAACUAACAGAGACUUGCAGAAACGUGUUUUAUUAAGAAACGAGACUUGCAGGAAGCAACCCCCAGAUGAAUAAGGAGCGAGGAAAAGUCCAGUGAAGAGGGGCGAUGUUGCGUUAUCCGCUAGCUGGUUCCUGCCCUGUUUGUG